UUUAUCCACGAAAAAAUAUUAGAUAUCGCACUAUUUCUGUCUGCUACGAAGCAUCUGUGCUGUGCAUGUGUUCCUGUUUUCUUUGGAAAUUAUAAAUUCCGUCAAUCCGUCAAUAAGAACUAUUGUAUUUUAAAGUUGCUAGUUCGCUCGAACAAUCCUACCAUCGGAAUAUCGGAUCAAUAAUUACUCAUCGGCAUACAUUACUAAAAAAUGACAAGCUUACUUCGCAAAUGUAAUACGUUAUGCAACCAACUGUUAAAGGGUUGCACAUCACAUUUUACAGUUGUGCCACGAAGAUGGCUUAAUGAUACGGACAAAUCCACCAUGACCAUUGUGAAUCAAGAUACAAGUUUGGGCAUUUUGAUCAAUUCCUAUAGCAGGGCAGGCUUCAGACUUAGCAACGGAAUGAUGGCAAUUGGGCCAAUAGCAAUAUUUCCGAAAUCGGUUCUGAGCUGGGAUGUCAACACUGCUGAAGACAUCAACGAGGAAUCGCUAUCGCUAUUUUACACUUUGGAGCCAAAAAUUGAUAUACUUGUGAUUGGGGUAGGUAAUCCUGGUCAACAAGUUAGCUCCAAAAUAAUUCAAUAUAUGAAAGAAAAACACAUCAGCCUGGAAAUUUCUCCAACUGAAACAGCGUGCGCAACCUACAACUUCCUCAAUGCUGAAGGACGAUGUGUCGCCGGUGCCCUCAUUCCUCCAACACAAUAUCGAAUAAGUGAGGAUGAUAUCGCGUCAACCAAGCGAAGAAACCGAGAUAUGAUGAAAGUAGAUGACUUUCCGAUCGUCUAAUAACUUAAAACAUUUGUAGAACAUUAUCGGGUGUACAUAAAUCGAAAAAUUAUUCGAUUUGCUACAUUUUCUCUCACGAAAAGCUGAAAAUAAUAUAGCCGUUAGACACAUG